CACAGACACACACACGCUUCCAGGUCUCAGGUCAGACACGUGUUUGCUGGAGGAGGAUGAGAUGAGCUCCGGUGGAUGAAACGUCAACAUGUCCUUUACGCGCCGGCUCGUCCUGCUGCUGCUCGGCCUCGUCCUCACGGUCGAGGGAAAGUUUCCCAACUGUCAGUUCCACUGGGAGAUCCAGAGAGCGGAGAGAGAGUGUGACACACAACUGAAGCAGCAGCAGACGGCCUCCAGCACAGGAUGUCACGGGCAGUGGUACAAAGUGGCGUGUUGGCAGAGCGCGGCGCUCGGCGAGGUGAUGACCCUCCCCUGCCCCUCCGCCCUCAUUCACAUCUUUGGAAAAAGCGGAAACCUCAGCAGGAACUGCACCGAGCGCGGCUGGUCCGACGUCUACCCCGUCAUCUUCGUCGCCUGCGGCUCCACCAGCGACGAAGACGAUCCCAGUGAGCUGGUUUUCUACAGGAUGGUGAGGAUCCUGUCGACUCUGGGCCACAGCCUGUCGCUCAUCACGCUGCUCACCAGCACCGUCAUCAUCUGUUUGUUCAGGAGGCUCCACUGCAUGAGGAACUACAUCCAUCUGAACCUGUUUGUGUCCUUCAUGCUGCGAGCUGUGGCCGUGCUGGCCAAAGACGCUCUGCUCUUCUCAGAUGAUGAAAACACAGACUGCAGCAUACAGCCAUCAUUGGUGGGCUGUAAAUCCAGUCUGGUCUUCUUCAACUACUUCAUCAUGGCGAACUUCUUCUGGCUGCUGGUGGAGGGUCUGUACCUGCACACGCUGCUGCUGGUCAUCCACACCUACUCCACCCGGCUGUCCGUCUACAUGUUCAUCGGCUGGGGAAUCCCGUUUGUCUUCAUGGUGGCGUGGAUCGUAUGUCGUAUAACUCUGGAGGACACCGGGUGCUGGGAGACGAAUGAAAACCCGAUCCCCAACAGACUCAUGAACUGGCCCAUCAUGGCGUCUGUCAUUAUCAACUUCGUGUUGUUCAUCAGCAUCAUUCGCAUCCUGGUGCAGAAGCUGCGCUGCACGGACGUGGGAGGAAACGAGCAGUCACAGUACAGACGCCUGGCAAAGUCCACCCUGCUGCUGAUCCCUCUGUUCGGGAUGAACUACAUGGUGUUCGUCUACCUGAUGGAGCCCCCGACUAAAAACAUGAGCCGCAUCAAGAUCUUCUUCGACCUCGGCCUCGGAUCCUUCCAGGGUCUGAUUGUUGCAGUCUUGUAUUGUUUCCUGAACAGCGAGGUCCAGAGCGAGCUGAGGAGGACGUGGAGGGGCGUGUCCCUCAAGCAGUGCAUGGGGCGGGACUACAGGCCGCACGCCGCGUCGGUCGGCCGGAACGGCACCGAGAGCUCCGCCCAGUUUCCCAGGAGCUCCCGUGCCGCGUCCCUCAUGCAGACGGAGACCACCGUCCUAGGACCAGACUCGAGGUCUGGGCAGUGAAGCCAAUGCGGAAGAGCCUGAAACCUGUAUUCUCCGGACUGGCCAGCAGAGGGCGACUCCACUUGAUGCAAAAAUACUUCUCUGUAGAGAUUUAUAUCUCAGUCUCCGGUUUCAAGUCUUCUUCAACACGGCUGAGGUUCAUUUUAUAAAUAAUGAUCCAUUUAGAGUCAAAUAGACCAUAGAGCACGGUGUGCAGCUGGGCGCAGGGUGAUUGACAGCUUGUACCGUCCAAUGGGGGCAGGUGGAGGUGGAGGUAGGCUUGCAGCUCUCAGUCAGGCUCCACCCCCUCGGUGUGUUGACACUCGACCGGACGAGUCACGAGGACGUCUUUUUGUUUUUUAACUCUCAGAACUCGUAUUCAAAGAGACGCCGGACACACGGAGACUUUCACCUGCGACUCAAAGACUUUUCUGAGGCGAAAGACUUUUUCACCCUGGAUUUUUCUGUUUUCGCUGUCGAGUUCAUCUUCAGUGUUUCUCAACAGGGUUCCUGCUGGAAUCACACGGAGCAGAAAAUAUACUCUCCCUCUAUAAUUUGAUAUUAUAUCUGAUAUUCCUACAUAUUCUCUGUCAUUUAAAAGUAUUCCUGUGACCCGGCUGAAUGUAUCACCUGCUGGUAACUCGCUCUGAAGUCUUUGUGUUAAUGUCACUAAACAUUUUACACAGCUGCAUCUAACUUUUUUUAAUCUUCAAAACAAAGAGAAUUUAACCCCAAUGAUUAAAAGCAAGCCAUAAAGAAUUUAUUUACUAGAAAUAUGUUGUUUUAUCACAUUUAUAACAAAGAAAUAACAUUAUGUGUUGGUGGAGAAUCACAGAUUUUGACAAUCAUAAUUAUAUUAUAAUUUUUUUGUUUUCAGGGCCCAGGGAAGCCGAAUAUAUGUAAUUAUUCUUUUUACUCGUGGCCGAUUUUAAUUAAGGAUCUAAAUUGUUUUGUUUUAAACCCAAUUAUUGUACAUUUAAAUCAUUUUUACGAGUCUAAAGUAAAAAAAAACAUGUUACUGUGGCUCAUGUAAGUCUUUAGAGUCCAUGUUGUUUUUCAUGUCUCAGAAUUGGGGCCAAAUCCAAGUUCUUGGAAGUGCAAAAGAAUUGGGACCAAAUAUUCUAUGUUCUAUAUCUUAAACUAUAAUAAAUUACUAUAAUUCGCUGCAGGUUUCACUAAAAAGUGAAGUGAGUCACUGACCAGGCAGCAGAUAUGUAACAGACAAUGAACAUCAUAUCAAAGGGACUCGGUGGGAAAGCAGUGUUUCAGGUUCACCUGAAGCCAAAAGAAGAAAACAAUUAAAGUAAACAUCGCCUUGUACAUUUUAUAUCAUUUGUGUUAUUGUUUUUUUAUAGCUUUAAGUACCAUGAUGUUGAUAACUGUGCGUAUGAUUCUGACGACGACGGAGACUGAGCAUCAAUGUCAUUUAUAAGCUUUGGAAUACAACUGUCAACCUGUGAUUUCAUAUAUUUUAAAAGCUUUUAUUGUGAA